UGCGGGAUUGAAACGUCACACAACAUCCAACUACUGCUGCACGGGGUUAACAUGUCGCUUUUAGGGGAUCUCAUCCCUGCUACCUCGUCCUACAGCUCUGCGCGAUGAGCCAUCUCAUGAUCCGGCCUGCUACAUCCCGACUACUACGUACCUUGCCUCUGCGACGCCAUUCAUCGCUUUUGCGAACCAAUUCCUCCAUUCCGCCAAAUUUGGCACUGCUCCUUCCCACCUGCAAAGACCUAGAGUCGGCCAGGAAUGAGUUGCGAUGGCUUCGGGAGCAUGUUGAGAAGACUACCUCGCCCGCAAAGGCACCUGCUGUGGUGACCGAGCUCUGUCGACAGCGCGGCCAAGGCGUGCCUUUGCAGUACAUCCUAGGCACGCAGCCUUUCGGCUCCUUGGAGAUACUCUGUAGACCCAAUGUUCUGAUUCCGCGGGCAGCAACCGAGAGCUAUACCAAUCAUCUACUGGACCUGAUCAUUUCUCACAAUGUCAUCGGCCCUUUGGAUGAGAUCAAGGAGUCUGUAAACGUCAUCGACGUCUGCACCGGCACAGGAUGUAUCCCUCUGCAAGUAUUUGCGAGUCUGCAAAGGAGAAACAUCAUGGUUGAUGUAAAAGGUGUCGACGUUUCACCGCACGCUCUGGAGCUUGCUAAAGACAACCUUGACCACAACGUGAAGCAGGGCAAUAUCGCCAGUCCGCGUGAAGGCCAGAGCAUUGGAUUCCAUAAAGCCGAUGUUUUCAGAGACGAUGAAAUGGACAUAUUCAGCAAACCCGGGCAAAAAACUUGGCACAUUAUGACAUCGAAUCCUCCAUACAUUUCCGAAGAAGUAUGGAGUGAAGACACGGGGGACGUGGAACUAUCCGUACGUCAACACGAGCCGCGCCUUGCCCUGGUGCCCGAGAGAAAUCUCGGCGAUGCCCCAGAAGGACUUGAACGUCAUGACAUCUUCUACAGCCGACUACUAGAUAUUGCGAUGGAACUCAAUCCUCGCAUCCUUUUGCUUGAGAUUGGCGACGAUGCGCAAGCGCUGCGGGUUGCCGAGUAUUGUACACGCCAUCCUUUCUGCAAGAGUAGAAUAAUCGAGUUAUGGAGGGACUGUCCGGAUAUCAAGCCAGAUGCGAAUGAGCAGACCGAGAUCAUCCUCGAGUCGAGUGACAAGGACCAAGGAGGAUUUGGGCGGAAAGUACCCAUCAAGGGAAGCGGGCAGCUGCGUGCGAUAUAUGUGCAGCAGCCCAUCGAAUCCAUGGACAUGGGAGAUAGGAAAAUAGCUUGCUGAGCCGCCGCAUUAAUGAACUUUGGAGAUCGCCUCA